CCAAGACAGGAGUUGAGGUUGAGACAGCAAGAAUAUCAUCUUGUAUACCUAUACACUAUAAUGUAAAAGAGUUGCGUUUAGGUAAAAGAAGACUCUUUAACGGUCGGAAAUGGACGAUUCCCAGUGGCAUCUUAUAUGGGCACCUUUUUUCGGAGAAUCUGAAUCUGUUAUCAGAAUUUCCAUAAACACGCUAGAGUGAAAAGUCAUUCCCAGCCUGGAUGAUAUGGAAAAGACGCAGAUACAUCCUUGCAGUUUUGGCAUUUUUUGGAUUCUUCAAUAUAUAUGCCCUGAGAGCUAACCUUAGUAUAGCCAUUGUGGAUAUGACCGCUCAAAAAGAAUCUGUUUUGGAAAAUGGAACCAUAAUACAUGUGCGAGACUUCGAUUGGGAUUCCAAAAAACAGGGAUUUGUCCUAAGCUCAUUUUUCUACGGGUAUAUACUUACGCAAAUGAUAGGCGGAUGGUUGGCGUCAAAGUUUGGCGGGAAACAUAUCUUUGGUCUUGGUAUUGCAUCAACGGCAGCACUGACAGUGAUCACACCAUUCGUGGCUAAACAAAGCUUUUACUUCUUACUAGCUGUAAGAAUCGCCGAAGGAAUAUGCGAGGGCGUCACUUAUCCCUGUAUACAUGACGUAUGGUCUAAAUGGGCCCCACCGUUAGAAAGAAGUCGAAUGGCGACGAUCGGAUUUUCUGGCAGUUUCUUUGGAACCGUUGUGUCGAUGCCCGUUUGCGCUCUAUUAGCCGACGUGUGGGGAUGGGAAUCUAUAUUUUACGUCACUGGCAGCGUGGGUUUGCUGUGGUUCCUAUGCUGGUGGUUGCUCAUCGCAGAUUCUCCAGCAAACGAUAAAUAUAUUAGCCAAUCUGAACUAAGAUACAUUCAAGGUUCCUUGGGUCAACAAGUUAAUCGGAAGGUUAAACAUCCAUGGAAAAGUAUUGCCACGUCCUUGCCAGUUUGGGCCAUUGUAGUAGGACAUUUUAGUGAAAAUUGGGGAUUUUACACUCUUUUGACACAACUGCCUACGUUCAUGAAAGAUAUACUACACUUUGAGUUAGGAUCGACCGGCGUAAUGGCCGCGAUACCUUACCUCGCGAUUUCCAUAACUGUCCAACUCGCCGGUCAACUUGCUGAUUGGCUAAGAGAAAGGAACGUCUUUACCACUACACAAGUUAGAAAAAUCUUUAAUUGUGGAGCAUAUAUUUCGCAAACUGCAUUUAUGCUAGCAGCAGCUUAUUUAUUAUCUCCAGUAGGAACGACGAUAUGUUUAACGUUUGCAGUUGGUUUGGGCGGAUUUGCCUGGGCUGGCUUUGGAGUGAACCACUUAGAUAUUGCCCCUCAACAUGCAAGUAUUCUAAUGGGGAUUAGCAACACUUUUGCCACCAUACCAGGAAUAAUAAGUCCCGUUAUAACAGGAUAUAUAGUAACAACUCCCUCGGAAUAUGAGUGGCAAAUAGUUUUCUUUAUCAGCAGUGGCGUUUAUCUGUUUGGUUGCAUAUUCUACGGUGUAUUUGCAAAAGGAGAAGUUCAGUCGUGGGCGAAAGAAUCAGAAACCCUGAAAUCAGAGUACGAGUUUAAAAAACGCGAAGGAAUGGAAAAUGCGGCCUACAGUUCGGAUUAAUGAUAGGCACAAAUAAUGUAAUUAAUAUUGUAGCUCAAAUUCUGCUGUGAUGUUUUAACAAAAAUUGACGACUAGUGAUAGAGAGAGAGCGUGCCAGAACCGUUAACGUUAGCCAUUUGACUACAUGCAUGUUUGCUCAAAAUUCUGAAGCCAUUGGUUUCUAUUGGAAUCAUUGAAGAUUGUUUUACAAAGGAUCACUCCUGAGAUUUUUUCCAUGUGUACAUGUAAUCUUAAAAACAUAGGUAUUUAAGUAUACCUACAUCAAAGGUAUUACCAAACUUUGUCAGGGCCAUGUUUGAGACGUUGAUACUAUUUCACUUUCAAGUGUUCUUUUUAUUUUGAAUACUAGAUUUAACUAUAAUGAAUCAUAUAACACAAAAAGUGUAAAUAUUUAUUAGCCAUUUUACACACUAAAUUCAAAUACUCAGUUUCAUUAUAAAGUAGAAUAAAUUACAAAAUUUAAUGCAUAGGUAAUUCUAUGUAAUUACAACCAUAUCACCUGGUCUAUCAAAAUGUGGGCUCAAAACAUUUCGUUUUUGCGUAUCUAAUAGUCAGUCUCUCAAGGCCCACCUUGGUAAAAAUUAUCUGCACUUUGUAUUACAAACUAUUCAAAAUUACAUACACCAAAACUCCCUUUGUUCUUUGUACCAUAGAUAAAAUAUAUAUUUGUAAAUAA